AUGUUCGGAAAUUCAAUUCGCUUGACUGCAAUAAUAUUUCUAUCGAUUUUCAUUUAUAAUAUACAUUGUUCGACAGAUUUGGCUAGAAGUAGAGUUAGGAGGAGAGUAGUUUUUACAAAGAGUAGUAAAUUUUUUUUUCGUUUCAAUGGAAAAUUAAAUACUCUUCCUUACAAUCAAGUUGUUGCUUGUGGUUAUACAGUAAGGAUGAACUUUGAUCUACCCCACGAUGUGAAAAGCAGAUUCACUUUGUUCAAAAGAGAUAUCCAUGAUGACAUUAGCAAUAUUCCUAAUGAUUAUAAUUUAGAAAAUUUUAGGACAGCUGUUCAAGGAUUGGCCUGCGUAAUGAAACAAAUUUGCAAGACUUUUUCUAAUUUAAAAUUUAGCGAAACUUGUGGAUUGUUUUGCGAUAUUGGGAAAAUUAUUAUGAGGGAUGAAGGUAACGACGCACUUUUUAUCAAAAAUUUUUUCAGCAAGUGCGAGCAUUACGAAGAAGUAUGUCAAAAUGAAGUACCACUAUCUACAACUGUGAGCUAUGAUUAA